AUGCAAGACUCCUCCGACUACCAAUCAACGUGGAGCGUUGACGAGUCUAGCCUGUACCAAACGCACUUAUACCUUGACUCUUCUACUCUCCACUCGCCAAAGGCGGACGCCGACCCAGCUCCCGACGUCUUUGGAACGUAUCAAGGUGAAUAUAACGGCUACCCACCGAGUCUCGCAGAACCAGCAGGCGGCUCGAGGGGUUACUAUCCUCAACCCGGAAUACUGAAUGGGUUUCUCGCACCUGAACAUGCAGCGGAUACCCACACCCCUGCAUUCACAGCGAAAACCUUGUCCGGUCCUAGGGAUUAUGUCCCCCUGACCCCAGAUGGUUACGACAACCCGCCCUCUUCAUCAUUGGCUCUCGCCAAGCAGUCACUCGAUGGGGCAUUGGUGCCCUCCUCGAGUGCGGAUAGCAUCUUAUGGGGGCAAUCAACGUUGAAUGUUCCCUUCGCAGCGGAGCUCGUGCGUGGCCAUAACCUUCCUUUCCCGCCCGCACCUCCAGUCGCACCCCUAGUCGCACCCCCAGUCGCAGCUCUUGUCCAGUCGACUGCCCAGCAGAUAGCAGUUCCACACUAUCCCGAUCCAUAUGAACUACUCUGCCAAAUGCGGGAUUGGCCUCCAACCACACGGGGUGAUAAGCUGUACAAGAAAUUUCCAAAGGAUCAUCGUCCCCGUAAACAUUCCAUAGGUUAUGUCAAAUGUCGCCUCCAAUACGAGGUACCCAAGGAUGGCCUGGCGGUUUGGCGACAGAGUCAAUGUAAUCAGAUAAUAAGGAAGGGAGACUAUAAACGCCAUUUACUUGAGAUGCACCUCGGAACUUCUCGUGUAUCUGGUGUCAAGGAGCACAGGGAUGCUGGAAUUCGCCUCCGUAUACAAGAGCAUGAAAAUUCACUCCUCUAA